UAGACAAUAGGAAUAUGUUUUGAAAGCGUAGUACUGUUACUCCCCUGCUUUGUACGCAAUGUAGCAAGUCAGCAGCAUAUUUGAUCUGAUCCUAACUUCCGUUUGACACACUUCGAAGUCACAAGUCUGGCUAAGUUUCACAGAGCAAAAACAGAAUAGACAGCAUUAGCUUCCUUAAACAUCUUCUCCAAUGGGGAAUAUUGCCUCCAAUGACAAUGUAAAGCUCUGUGAGAAGAUUGGAGAAGGCUCAUAUGGCGAGGUAUAUCGAGGAGUUUGGAAAGGAAGACAAGUUGCCGCUAAGAAAUUACGAAGCUUUUUCUUCGAGAACGACUUCUUCUGCCUUCAAAACAAAGGGAGAAUAUUCAACGACUUAAAGAAGGAAUGGGAGAUAAUGUCUGGUCUAAAACAUAAAAAUAUAGUGGAAUAUUUAACCGUUAUUAUGCCUCAAGAAGGUUCACCGAUUAUUGUCACUGAGCUUUGCACAACAGACCUAUUUCAUUUCAUUCGUAAAGAGUCAAAUUGCAAGGUUCUUUUCUCAGAUGCUGUGUCCAUUAUGCUGAAUGUUGCGGAAGGCCUUGAUUAUCUUCACGGGCUGAAAGAUCCAGUCAUUCAUCGCGAUCUUUCCAGUAAAAAUAUCUUAAUUAAAGAUCUAGAGUCAAAGGAAGCAAAGAUUGCAGAUAUGGGACUUUCUAAGGUGUUCCCCAACGGAGCAAUGUAUGCUACGCCAGGAGUCGGGUGCAUAAUAUAUGCUGCACCAGAAACAUAUCCCGAGAAACUUGGAAGAGGACGCUAUUCACAAAAAGCUUACUACACUGAGAAGGUUGAUAUUUUUUCGUUUGGCGCAGUUCUGUUGGAAGUGAUAGUUGGACGUCUACCAGAUUAUCUUCCAAAUCCUAUCUUGGAAGACGGUGAAGUACUCCCAGAAUACAUACGUCGCAGUAAGGAAAUCUAUGACAUGGGACCUGAUCACCCUCUACGGGAUUUAGUCAUCAGUUGCCUUGACAACGCACCACAGGAUCGACCAGAUGCCAGAGGCCUCGUUGAAUUCUUGACCUCAUUCAAACUGCCUGAAAAAGUCGAUGUACCAAGUCCCGGAUCAUCGUAUAAGUCAGCAGAACAAAGUAUUCCGAUUUCGCGGGCAACUCCAAUGUCAGUUGAACGUGUGAUGACGAGGGGGUACGAUUAUGGCUUCAAAGUUGUGGUGCUUGGGACACCAGGAGUGGGAAAAACCAGUAUUAUCCAACGCUUUCUGCACCCAGAAAUGGAGAUGGACGUGUUUCGGCCUACGAUUGAUCCAGGGGAUUAUUUUGAAAGACUGCAGAUUCGAGGGAAGACUGUACAUCUUCACAUCGUAGACACCCCCGGGGAGGUCAAGUCACUACAUCAUAGCGCUCUCAGGACAACGCCCUUGGUCUACAGAGGCGUUAAUGGUGUCGCGUUAGUCUGUGAUGUUGGUUGUCGCAUAUCAUUUAACCAGUUACCUCAAUGGCUUCAGAUUGUCCGUGAUCGCUGUUCGCCAGAAACACCCGUCGUUGUCGUUUGUAACCAGACCGACAAACCUCAAACCCAGUGGAAGGUUUCUUCAGGUGAAGCAGAAGCCUGGGCGUUGAAUAACGAUUUAUUUUACAUUGAGACGAGCGCAAAAGGACUGAUCAACAUCGACGAGAUUUUUACGAUAUUAAUCGAGAAAAUGAUUCAACAAAGACUCCUGAAUGAACCCAGUUGUUCCAACUUUGGCACAAACCCAGACGACACGUGGGUCUCGGGUAUCUCUUCGCGCUCUCUUCUGAAAAAUUCUACUCCAAAUUCAUAUGGAAUCCCAGCGAUUACGGAAAAAACUCAGACAAGACCACUGCCGCCUGCAGAAUCUAUCAGGGUAGAAUUUCCAGCUACACCACAGGGUAGCAUCGAUCAAAAGAACAAAGGGAAAUGCUGUAAAUCUUCUUGAAGUAUCUCGAUUAUUCUCAGUUUGGGAAAAAGUGAAAUUUAGUUACACGAACGUGACGUUACGUUACAAACUAAACAUACUUAGCAAUGUAACAGGGUUGCAACAGCGCCUGUAUGACUGUAGAAGUACCGGUUUUUCAGUGGAAUUCGUAUCACAGAACGAUGAUUGCAGAGUAAAUUAGACUUUUAAAUCAGAAAUUAAAUUUUUACCAAUGCUGGGAAAAAGUGAAAUUUAGUUAUACGCGCGUGACGUUGCGUUACAAACUAAACAUGCACGACUGUAGAAGAACCGGUUUUUCAGUGGAAUUUUUUUAUCACAGAACGAUGAUUUCAGAGUAAAUUUUGAUAGAUGAAAUAUGAAUUAAAAAUGCAUGGAAGGGAAAGAAAUUAAGAAAUGUCACUGAAAAACAAUUUCUUUAGAUGACUUCAAGCAUUCUUGGAACGACAAGGAGCUCACAGCUCUGGCUAAGAAUAGCACUUGUGCAAUAUACUCACCUACAAAACCUAGCCUUAAACGUCAUUUAAACGAUGAAAGAAAGACUAGUAAUGACCUCCUGGCCAAUUGAAACGAGAUUCAAGAUGGAGGAGAUUUUUCGUGUCCUCUGCAAAAUCAGACCCACAAUCCUGUGCACCACGAGGUCAUUACCAGUCUCCCAAACUCCGAAAUGUGAAAAAAAAAAAA